GCUGGGGACGAGAAAUUGAUUUCUUCUUUGUUCCAGGAAGGCCCAUUCCGGCCCAACUUCUGCUUACUGACGUAGAGGUAGAUUUCUUCACUUUGGUUCCAAAACCCUUGUUCGUAUUUUCCGCCGUCGGCCGCCAUGCCGGACGUCGCCUCCGCUGCGGUAUCCAUCAACGAUGCCACCGCGCAUAGCCCACGCUACAACCUUCAUACCACUCUCGAGGGCCACGAGCGCGCCGUAUCUUCCGUCAAGUUCUCCCCCGACGGCACACUCCUCGCCUCCGCCUCGGCCGACAAAACCAUCCGCGUGUGGUCCGCCCCCGACUUCUCCCUCCGUGCGGAGCUCUCCGGACACGACGAGGGCAUCUCCGACGUAUCGUUCUCAACGGACGGCCGCUAUCUCUGCUCCGCUUCCGACGAUCGCACUGUCCGCAUCUGGGAUCUCGCCGCGUCCACCACCGUCAAGACCCUCUCCGGACACACCAACUACGUGUUAUGUUGUUCCUUCAAUCCGCACUCUAACAUGAUCGCCUCCGGCUCCUAUGACGAGACUGUUCGGGUCUGGGAGUUCAAAUCUGGCAAGUGCCUACGCGUCCUCCCUGCUCACUCGGAGCCCGUGACCGCCGUCGACUUUAAUCGUGACGGGAGCCUUAUUGUCUCAAGUAGCAAUGACGGGCUAUGCCGGAUUUGGGACUCUGCGACCGGGCAUUGCAUGAAAACCCUUAUUGACGACGAGAGUCCUCCGGUUUCAUUUGUGAAAUUCUCUCCGAACGGGAAGUUUGUUCUGGCAGCGACCCUCGAUAGCACGUUGAGGCUCUGGAACUUUUCUGCUGGUAAAUUUGUGAAGACAUAUUCCGGACAUGUUAAUUCAAAGUUCUGCAUUCCUGCAAUUUUUUCUAUCACAAACGGGAAUUAUGUUGUGAGUGGUUCAGAAGACAACUGUGUGUAUUUAUGGGACCUCCAGAAUAGAAAAAUUGUGCAAAAAUUGGAAGGCCAUACAGACAGUGUUAUUGCAGUAUCAUGCCACCCAUCUGAAAACAUCAUUGCUUCUGGGGCACUUGGUAAUGAUAAGACAGUGAAGAUAUGGGUUCAGAAAAAUGAGGAUCAAUUGGAAGACUGAUUUCCCUUCUACAAAUUGGAUGAAUCCUAGUCCUGCAAUGCUUUCAUAUCGAUUAGAUGAAGAAUAGCAUGCACCUUGUCCGAGCUUGUGGCAAUAGUUUCUCCUACGUCUGAUCUAGUAUAUGGCUUUUGUCCACAUAUUUGUAGGCUUUGUAUCUCAGGAAUGUAUUAUUGUUUGAUAGAAGUGCAGCUUAGACAACAAACUUGUUUGCUGAUUUGGGCUAUUGAAGAGGAGGAAUAGGGAUCCAAGAAAAAUUCGCAUUGGGCUUCAAUAGCUUCAAAAUUAUCUUUCCCUGACUAAAUACAGAGAGAAUCUACUCGCCGUGUAUUAUCGGAGGAGAAUUUGUUAAUCACAGUGCAUCACUAUUCACUGAUGACUUCCUAUGCCCCAAGAGUUGUACUCCAAACUAUUAAAUUUUGCAAAUGGCUGAAAAAAUAAUGACUUGGAUCCGAGAAUGCUGGGGAUAAGCUUAAGGUAGCAAGUUGAUGUAUCAAAUUCUCACCCUAUGUCCUUGUGUUAUUAGUUUAUGUCUUGCUUCAUGAUGUUAAACUAUGUCUGUUGAAUGUGAAUUUGUUUUUGUUUUGUUGUUGUAU